AUGGGCGAAGUUCGCAAAGAAAGAGGAGCCAAGGUUGAAAAAGAUCGACUCUUGCCAUGUCUAAUUAUCUCGACUUCAACAAAUAGUGGUGACUCGUAUUCUACAACUGGUUUCAACAUUUCCAGCACCAAGCCAGACCAGGAGAACCCAUUUGGGAACCCAGCCUUUCCUGGAGUUACAACUUCUGGAGGUUAUAACUGGCUGGGUUGGCUCGUAUCUGAUUACAAUAAGAAAAACACGAAUACAUUUGUCUAUAAUUUUGCAUACCCUGGCGCAACAGUAGACAGAUCGGUCAUCCCACCGUCAAGUGACAGCAUACUUACAUUGACCGACCAAAUUGGGAGCUUCACGAAAAGUCUCGCCAAAAAGCCCGAUUAUGCACCGUGGGAGUCCAACAAUACACUGGCCGGCAUAUGGAUCGGAAUCAAUGAUGUGGAUAUUUCUUACCAACGGCAGAAUGCUUCAGAGUACAUUAACGAGUCAGUCGACGUAUACUUUGAACAACUUGAGGUCUUGUAUGACGCUGGGAUACGAAACUUUUUUCUAUUACAAGUCCCACCAUUGGAUAAGACUCCAAAAAUCAUAGCCAAGAGCGAGAAGCCUACCAAGAAAAUUUCCGAAUACAAUAAGCGUAUCUCCGAAAAGCUUAAAUCAUUUAAUUCUGCACAUAAGGACGCCCGAACCGCGCUCAUUGACACAUCUGCACCUUUCAAUAGUGCUAUCAACAACCCGAAGAAAUACAACGCAACAGACGCUACUUGCCAGAAUACAGAUGGAAAGUCAUGUCUUUGGUAUAAUGAUUUUCAUCCUAGUGUUGCUAUUCAUAAACUGGUUGCGUAUGAUGUUAGCGUGGCUUUGGGAAAAGGAAAUCUAUGGUAG